AUGGGUCAUAAAUUGUCUCUGUUUGAAAACGACGGUUACCAAAUUGCAAUGCUUGGUCUGGAUAAUGCAGGAAAAUCAACUAUUAUCUAUCAGCUAAAGAUGAAACAGUUCCUGCAGCAAGCCCCUACUGUUGGUUUCAAUUGCGAAAAGUUUCGGCUUACGGCAGGUCCGGCCAAGGGACAAACAUUUAUGGUCUGGGACGUUGGUGGACAGGAGCGUUUGCGACCACUGUGGCGGACAUACAUCCGACAGGCGGAUGCCGUAUUAUUCGUUGUUGAUUCGAGUGACCGGGAGAGGUUUGAAGAAGCGCACGUUGAAUUGGCCAAUUUGCUGCAGUUACCAGACUUCCCGGCUACUGUCCCGGUCGUAUUGUUAGCCAAUAAGCAGGAUUUACCAGAGGCAUGUCGAAUUGUUGAGAUAAAACAAUUUUUGACAUCAGAAGUGAUCAGGAAAAGAUUAAGCACAACGGUCUCAUGCUGUGCUGUAACUGGUGAUGGUCUGGAUGGCCUUUUUGCCGAAAUUCAUCAACUCAUCGUUCAGUCCAGGUUUGGCUUUCCAAGUGAUUUUUAUUAA